CCCUGUGUGUCGCCGGUUAGCUCCGUCAACAUGGCCAGUGCGGUGUGUGCUAGAUUCCUCCUCCAGAGAUCAACACAGGGGUUUCUCUUCUCCUCCAGGGCAGCGCCCGCUUUCUCCAGCCCGUUUCUGUCUCGUGCACAUAGAUUGGGACCCAGUGAUGAUGAAUUGUACCAACGGACCACGGUGUCCGUCAUGCAGAAGGAGCCGGGCAGCGGGGCCAUGAUCCACAGCUACAGUUCAAGGGGAUUCAACAUCGACGGCAACAAGGUGUUUGGGCCCUGUGCUGUGCUGCCUCCUGCUAUCCUCCAGUGGAAUGUUGGCAGUUAUAAAGACAUCACAGAAGAAAGUGUCUCACUGUUCCACAUGCUUGAACCCAGAAUAGAGAUUCUUGUGCUGGGCACAGGAGCCCGUGUGGAACGAAUCGACCCCUCAGUCCUCGCUCUACUCAAGCGUAAAGGCAUCGCUGUGGAGGUGCAAGACACGCCCAAUGCAUGUGCAACCUUCAACUUCCUGACCAAUGAGAGAAGAGUGGCAGCCGCUGGUCUGAUCCCUCCGUCCAUCAGCACUGCGCUGGAACUGAAGGAGGAAUAAGUGCUGAGACGUCAACAGCAACUAGGACUGAUUUCUGCAGACAGGGGUCAGAGGUUUAUGAAUGAUCCCUGGCCUGUGGGAUGGUUAUUCCUCCUCUGCUUCCAAAGGAACAAACUCAGUGACAUCCUGCUCUGAAGAGCCCCUAUAUUUGGUUAUGACUGCUAUUUUUGGGAUAUGAAGGUGUUAAAAGCAGUCGCUGUCACCUAAUAAUCUGAGCAGGGAGCCAAGAGUUUCAUGUGCUGUUGAUGUUGGGUUUUCCGUCACAUCUAUUGCUUUGAAAUCCAGGUGUAGAAGCGAGUGUGAGUGAGUAUGCUUGAGUGCACAUAAAGUGUGUGUAAGUGCUCAGGUGUAGACUAUGUGUUGGAAAUAUACUGUAUAUUUAAAAGAUUUACAUGCAACAAACAAUAAUUUAGGUGUCAUUCAUUAACUGUGUUUUCAUGCAUAGCAAAAUAUAUAAAACACCUACGUGGAAUAUGUGUUAUUUAAAGACACAAGGAAGAGUUGCUAUUGUCUGUGCAGCAGAUAAAAUGACUCCAUGUGUA